CUGCGUCAGCAGCACAAACACACACAGACGCCAUCGAACCUGAUGCUGAGCUGGAGCAAGAAAGGAUUCUAAUCAAAGCUUCACAGACUAGUUAAUGUAGCGGAACGAUCCACAACACCAGGGACCAGAUCACAAGCUAACAGAGCAGUUAGCUUCCUGUGUGGAAGUCCGUAAACAGCAGCUGGAUUAUCCCUUUACUUUAUAUUAGAGACCACAGAGGAGGCUAACUUUGCUGAAGUACUAUAUAAAUGAAGUGGAUUGGAUCUUUUUCACAAACAGAGCUAAUAGAUUGAUAAAGGAGGUUCCCUAAACCAUGUUCUGCUUUCAAUACUACACAAAGGAUCUUACUUAGAGUCAGAGUCCAUGCUUUGACUCGCAGGACGUCUGCGCAGAGAUCUGAGGACUGCUGUAAACGUGUUCUUCUUUCUUGAAGUCUGUAGAAUCCUGGAUGAUCUGCAGAUUCCUGGUAAUCCGCGAUGGACUCCAGAUCGCACAGACUUCCUUUUUGUCUGUCCAGCUCGAGGCCGUCUUACACAUCCAGCUCAUCAGUGUCCUCCUCAUCGCUGGGCUCCACCAGGCUGUACAGCAGAGACUCAGUGCUGAAUAAUGAUCGCUUUCCGAGGGCAUCACCUGCCUACAAAUCAGACCUGGACCAACAGAACUCUCGUCUCCUGAGGUCGUCCAGAGACUACAGCAGCUCUGACAGUCACUCCACCAGCUGGAAGUUGCCCUCCUCUCUGACAUCCUCCAGCAGAUCUUAUGAUCGGCCGUGGACUGAAUCCUCUCUCAGCAGCAGGAGCAAACCGAGUGAUUCUGAGGGGAGGCUGGGGAUGCGUUCAGUCCUGUUGAACCCCAGCGAUGACGGCGACACUAAGAGGGCCAAACUGUCGUACAGCAACAGAGGACUAUACUCCAGGAUGAACAGCACCUCGGCCUCAGGAUCCACGUACUCCAGCAGUGGGCUGAGCAGCAGCAGAGGUACAAGUGAUUCAUCAAGUGACACGUUAGACUCAUCCUGGAGUUCAUACCGUUUACUCUCCCGGCCUUCAUCUUCAUCCUCCAAUCCGCUGCUGUCCAGGAGAGAGCGAGAGACAAAGACGGAGCCGUCUCUCUCAGGUUUGGGGGAGAGGAGAAACAGAACAUCUGGAUUAUCUUCCUCUUUGUAUCAGACAGACAGGAUGACCUCCACGUACGCACAAGGAGCUCGGCCCAAAGAGUCUGCCUACUCCUCCUCCUCCUCCUUCUCCUCCUCCUCUCCCUCCACCAUCAGAGAAAGCUCCCUGAAUCGCCACCUCUCACCUUCCUCCUCUCACCGCUCGUCCUCUCAGUUACGUGACAUCAGCAACAGCAGAGUCUCAGCCCGCUACUCCGGCACGUCAUCCACACUCCACUCAUCUCAGGAACAGAAAGGAAACCCUGAAUCCCCCUCCAGUGUGUCCUCCUCUUACUCCUCCUGGUAUGCCCCGCCCCCCUCCCGACCGGAGGCCACGCUCCCUCCGAGACCAGCGCCUGAGGGCGUAGAGUCGGAAGGCCGAAGCUCCACUCGACGUCUUUUGUCGCGUCUCUUUUCGCGGCGCUCCAGUCAGGACUCCUCUAGCGGCUCCUCCAGCGUCCGCUCGGUCGAUGACGACACUCCGUCGACCGGAGGAGAGUCCGUGGACAGCGAUGAAGGAGCGAGGACGACUGGGGAGCCUGAUGCUGCAGGAUCAGACGCAAACUUUGGAAGCCUCAGGAACCGUAGAGCAGAUCUCGCUCCUAUCCAAGAAAACAACAAUGUAGGGUAUCAGAGCGGCCUGCCUCGGUCCAGGAUGGCGUCAUGGCGAGAGCCUGGCGUCGGUAGUAGUAACAGCACCAGCAGCAGCGGCGGAGGAGGCAGCAGCUACUCCUGGCUCUCCUCCUCCCUCCGCAGCCGCUGCCCUCCUCUCCUCGCUCGCCUCAGGAGACACAGGGAGGAGAACACGCACUCUGCAGCGGGCUCAGAGGAGGGAUACACUCAUCCACCACAUUUACUGAGAAGAUGGGACGACCUUGAGCACAAAACAUCACCGGAUGAUGAUGAUGAAGAUGAAGAGGAGGAGGAGGAAGAAGAAGAAGAGGAAGAUGAGGAGGAGGAAGAGGAGGAGGAGGAAGGAGCAGUUGGUGUGGAGGCAUUUGGAACAGGUCAUCCCUGCAGACUUGAGAGUGAGAUUCUACCUGAGCUGGAAGACACCUCGGUCGAGUUUUCUCCUCGCCGUAGAGUCGGCGUGUUUGAGAACGCCUCGGCUCCUCUGGGUCCUCUGAGCGCUGCUGACAGCCAGCUGGAGGGGCAGAGGGAGAAGCAGAUCUCCACCGGGGAUCAGGAGAAGCUGCGCAGGAUCAAGGAGAGACUGCUGCUGGAGGACUCCGACGAGGAGGAAGGCGACCUGUGUCGAAUCUGUCAGAUGGGAGAGGAGUCUUCCUCCAACCCUCUGAUCCAGCCGUGCCGCUGCACAGGAAGUCUACAGUACGUCCACCAGGAGUGCAUCAAGAGGUGGCUCCGCUCCAAAAUCGGCUCGGGCACAAACCUGGAGGCCAUCACGACAUGUGAACUCUGCAAACAGAAGCUACGCUUGAAUAUCGACAACUUUGACAUCCAGGAGUUAUACCGGACACACGUACAGUCGGAGUACGAUGAGUUCAUCAGCAGCGGUCUGUAUCUGGUUGUGCUGCUGCAUUUCUGUGAGCAGAGGUUCUCUGAUGUCCUGGGAGCCGUCGAUGCAGCCGGGCUGUUCAACCUGGUGAGAAUCCUUCAUGAACACAUGGACAAUCUGCAAAUUCCUCACGGAGAGAGCGAUGAAGAGCUCAGAGACAACAGACCGUCCAUCGAGUUCUCGGACCUGGACGACGAUCUGGAAGAGGAGUACUGAGUGUGUUCCAACAGCAGAAUGAGGGUAAAGAAAUGUGGGUCAGGGGUUUGUAGUUUCAGGGGGGGGAGCUCCCCCGUGCCAGAUGGUGGCUCACCCAGUUUUCCGUUCAUGCUUCGACGUUUUGAAAAUCAUCCGAAUGCAGCAGAGAGAAACGCAGAGCGCGCAGGACGAGUCCGCCUCUGUGGCUUUUGCAGAUAUGCAAACUUGAAAAGAACUUUUGCGUGAAUAUUUAUGUCCACACCAUCACAUUUCUGUUUCUAUUCGAGUGCACUUUAUUCAAUCAUAAUAAAUAAAAAUGCAAGUCUUUUUAACUGUUAUACCACAAGUGCUUUAAUGUUUAAUGAGGACGCAGAGGGGACGACAGCAGGAGAGGAGAGGGAGGGAUUUUAAAUGUGAUGGUCGGCCUGAUGCUUUACAGAGAAGAUAAAAAAAGUGGUGUUAUUCCUUUAAUGUCUUUAUUUCCCACUGAGGACAUGUUGAACUUACCCCAUCGUGGAUCUCCUUUAUGUUUCAGUGUUUUGGAAACGCUUUAUGUCUGUACAAAUCUGGUUUCUUGCUUUCACUUAAAAGAAUAAAGAUUGAAUGCAAACUGCCAUUUCAA